CUCAGGACGGGAACAUGUGAGCAGGGAAUGGGCGACUGGAAACAGGAUUAUUGUUCUACACGCAGGAGGGCCCGGGACAGGAGAGACACGGGGACACUGACAAACCAGGGGAGAUUUUUGUUUUAAUUUUUUAAUAAAUCGUGGACAUAUCUGGCCAAAGAUGAACACCAUUGUGUUUAACAAGCUGAGCAGCCAGGUCCUGUUUGAGGAGAAGGCGAAAGAGGUGGAAAUGAGCAGCAGAAAUUAUCUAGAAGUGAUCGAGGGGCAACAUCCAGACCUCCUCUCCAGCAACCACGGCAUCAGAGACAACCAGGCCAUCAGACACAGGCGGAACGGGGGUCGUCCCGGUGGCGGUAAAGUGCGACACAAGCGUCAGGCCCUGCAGGAUAUGGCGCGGCCGCUCAAGCAGUGGCUCUACAAGCACCGAGACAACCCCUACCCCACCAAGACGGAGAAAAUCCUGCUGGCCCUCGGCUCGCAAAUGACCCUGGUUCAGGUAUCCAACUGGUUUGCGAAUGCCAGGAGGCGACUGAAGAACACGGUGAGGCAGCCAGACCUGAGCUGGGCGCUGAGGAUCAAACUCUACAACAAAUAUGUCCAGGGCAAUGCGGAGAGGCUGAGCGUCAGCAGCGAGGACAGCUGCUCAGACGAUGGUGACAAUCCUCAGAGGACACAGAGCAGCCCUGAGGAGCUCAACAAGCCCAUGUACCCGGGCGUGAUCAAGAAGGAGGGGUCCUCCAUGGUGGGCAUGGGCAUGGGCAUGGGCAUGGGUAUGAAUAUGAGUAUGGGCAUGGCCAUGGGUAUGGGCAUGGGUAUGAGUAUGGGCAUGGGCAUGGGCAUGGGAGCGGGCCUGCGCUCUGCCGCCUCAAUGACAGAGGACUACGUGUCUCCACCCAAGUACAAGAGCAGCCUGCUGCACCGCUACCUGAACGACUCUCUGCGCCACGUCAUGGUUGCCAACGCCGUCAUGGACGCCCGCAAGAGGAACCACUCCGGCUCCUUCAGCUCCAACGAGUACGACGACGAGCUGCUCUCGCCGUCCUCCUCCGAGGCCGAGGCCAACUUUGUUUAUCGUGCUGAAACCACAGACCAUGGAUCAAGUAAAUGUGACAAUAGCAGCGUUGGCGUAGGACUUGCGCAAAAGGAAAGAGUGAAGGGCAAGGACGAGACGUACUGGAGAGAGAUCAACGCCGCCAUGGCCUUGACCAAUUUGGCGCAGGGUAAGGACAGCGCCUGCGGGACCACCAGCUGCAUCAUCCAGAAGUCCUCCCAUAUAGCAGAGAUCAAGACUGUCAAAGUGCCGAUGAUGCAUAAAUAUUAGUGCUGACAUCAUCCUCCCAUCUCUCUAUGCAAACCAGCAAACAUUCCUGUUUCACCAAACUUACCGGAGUCCAAUUAAACUCCCAAAGAAGUGAAAAGAGAACUGUCGUUUACAGAGGGGGCGAGGAGGUCUGGAACACAAAGAGAACUCAUUCUUUUUUGUAUUGUGUCUGAAAAAGUACACAAGGGGCCUUGACCUUCAUUUUCUUUGCUGGGUUGAAAGACAAACGUUGAUGAGUUUCACUGCAGUAUUUCUUAAGACAAGACACUUUUGUAAUGUUAACUUAUUUUUGAUGAGUAUGAUUUUUUUAUGUCCUACUUUUUUAUUCUACAAAAAAAAACGUGUAUUUUGCCAAAAGUGCCUUUUGUUAUUUAGACAAAUAACUUGCCGACUGUGGUCAAUGCAAAGUACAGAUAAUGAUGUGCCUCUUUGGAAUAUUUUAGUAUGUUAGGUCAUGAUUCAGGAUUGGUUUUGUGAAUGAAACCUACCCAUUACAGCCUGUGCCUUAAGGACUGAAUGAGCUCACCAUCUAAGGCACUGACACACACACACACACGCUCUCUCUGUCUCAAAAAAAUACCCAGAAGUAUUUCGCUUAAAAGCAUUGCGCCGAUUUUGACUGGAGUCUUCAUUUUGACCGUAAACCGAUCACUGUUUUGUCUUAGCCAGCCCUUUGCUGCUGGCAGGCCAACAAUAACUGUUGGAUACGAACGUAGAUAAAUUUCCCUAACGUGAGCAGCAGAUCUACAAGAAGCAAAUAUCCUCCUCCUUGUCCAUAUGUCGGCCUUGGAUUUCAUUACCCAGAGAUGGAUUCCUUUAGUUGCUGAAACGAGCACAAGCGAUCAGCUGGACCCAAAAAAAGUCACGUUCACCCACACAAUCUCACAGAUUUACGUACAGGCUUUAAGGUUGAGUAUCUGAUCUGACAGAAGAAUGACCUGAAAGGGAUGUUUUUACUUUGCAUUAUCAGUGUUUUAUGUGGACAGUGUUGCCUUUUGUGCAAGAUAGUCUUGAGAAAAAAAAAAUGAGAAAAGAAGUCUACCACCAGCCUUUUGAUCCUCAGCCCUCUCAGCUGUUUAGCAUUACAUUCAAAUUGCUGUUUACAAAAAUUCGGAGGACAGACUUAAAGGUUUUAUUUCCUCCCCCCUCGCUUUCUUGUUUUGUUUGUCUUUGAAAUGCAUUUCAGUAUUAUCUAUUUGUCAGCCAAGCAACAGUUGGAAGUAUUCCUGUUUGUCAGUGUGAAUAUGUGUGGUCGUUUUCUUUCUGAUCAAAACUUUUUUACCUGGUUUCACUUAACCCUACCACAUUUUGUCAUCCAAUGGAAAGACACUCCUUUCUAGAAAAGUACUGAUGCAUAUGUUAUAAACGUUUGCGGCGAACGAUGCCAAGUUCUCAAACUGGGGGAAAUCGAGUUGGACUUAUGGGAGAAACUAAAGUUGGCUCUGUAUGCUGACUUUUUAAUUGUAUGUAUAUCUUUAAGGUACUGUUUAUGUGUGUCAAAAUGUACACUCCUCCAUAAAUCGUGCAGUUUUUCCAUUUUUUUUGACAACCCAUACUGUGCUUAUGGUCAAGGACUUUGAGAGGGAGCUACACAAAGUGAUAUUUUUAGCUUUUUUAUGUCUUGAAUGUGCAAACUGGUAAAAAUAGAAAGAAAAAUCUGCACUUACAGUUUUUGGUUUUCAACCAGAAAACACACAGCCUCCAUUGAGAGCGAAUGGUGUUUUUACACAAAGGUGAAGAGAAGUUAAAGGACUACCCUAUGUUAUUCCUGUUGGCGUGCCUAUGGAGGUAUAAUGAAAUCUAUCGCACUAGCCAAUCCCCAGGCACUAUUUUCUUAUGCAGUGGGGGUUGAGGGCUCCCACAUGUGUUUUUUAUACACCUGAUCCAGGCAGGAUAGCUGUGGGGUAGUGCCGGGCUGCUCCUUGUGUUUUUAAUCUCACCUCUGGACCACUCGCGACCCUCACACCUCACACGAUACCCACUCCCUGGGAAGAGAGAGAGGGAAGGAGGCUUCGGAGACAACAGAGCAGCCUUUGUUGUUCCUACCUGAACUCUCUCCCCAACAACCUCACCAUUUCUAACAAAGGGAUUUCUACGGCCAACAUGUUGGUACUGUACACGCCUUUCUCCGGCCCUGCUUUCACAACCAAGCUGAAAAAUAGAAAGCAACGGUAUGUAUUAAAGCCUAUAAAUUAUUAUUGCGGACUUUGUAAAAAAGAAAGUGGUGACCAUAGUUUGUUUUUUAUUGUUAAGUUAUAUAAAUUGAGAUUUUUCUUUUUUUGUUUGUUUUGAUAGAGACUGGAUAAUCAAUCCAAUGACCAAAUGCAUAUCUCCUUGUAUUGUCCAAGUUGCCCUUAUGUAACAUUUCUUUUAUAAAACAGUUGUUGCUUGGUCAAAGCAAAUAAUGAAUG